GGAGGAGGAUACGGCCGAAAACUUCGUCGCGGCGGGCACCACACACGCGGGUGGUCAUCGCGCGACGACGACGGCUCGAACCUCUCGGCGGCUCGGCGGCUCGCGGUGGACCCCAACGAGACGGCGACGAUGUUCCCGCGUCGUCCGACGCUGCAAUCCGCGAGCUCCAUCGCGGCGUCAGAAACGGAACGAGAAAUCCACGAAGACGACUCGGUCGACUUUGUGGUGGACGACGAGACGGACGGGGACGGGGAGAUGCGCGGGGUCGACGACAGCAGAGUGGGAGUUGGAGGAGGUCCCGGCGGGUCGUCGUACGCGUUCGUGCCGGAUCCCCCCGUCGUGUACGCCGACGACUACGCGUCAGAGAGCGACGGGUACUCGUCCAGGGGAGGGUACUCGUCCAGGGGAGGAUACUCUUCCAGGGGAGGAUACUCUUCCAGGGGAGGAGGGGUGCCGGGAGGGUCGAGAACGCCGAGGGCGAGCGGGAUACACUACUACGGCGUCGGGGCGAGGGGCGCGGGGGCGCGGGGGCGACACGACGAGGGUUGGAGCGACGAGGUCUGAGCGCGAGCUCCGUCGACUUGGUGGUUUUUAGUUUUAGGAUUUCUUUUUUGGUUGACUGGUUGACCAGCCCACCAGCCAGACGGAUCACGCAC